AUGCAGAUCUUUGAUAAGUGCUUCAGCGAAUGGCUGCCCGACUACCACGCCGUGCGCGUCGACCUCGGCCGCGCGGACGGCGAACUGUUCGUGUUCCCCCUCAGCCCGACGCCGCUGGGCGAGUGGCCGGGGAUCGAGGGGUCGCCGGUGUCCGGGCCGCCGGGGGACCACCGCGUCGUGUUCGACGAGCACGGGGUGUUCGCCGGGGUGGCCGCGCUGUUCACGGGCGACGGCGUCACCAGGCUCGUCUGGUGCUACCCCAUGCUCGACUACGGCGCGAGGGACGUGGGCGCGACGGCCGAGGGCAACCCCGGUGUCGACGAGGCUUGGCGCGACGGCUUCGAUGGGCAUUACCUGUUUCUGCAGGAUCCGACGCGGGGCUCGAGGCCGCCUCCUAAGUAG